AUGGCCAGAGCGACAACUGCAGAAGACCUCAGUGCCUUGCACCCCUCCUCUCAAGCCAUCACAUUUACCCCAGGACUUCCUUCUACACAAAACAGAGCGUCAUUGUGUGGCGGCAGGCGGCACUCAAUUAAAUCGGCUGCAGCUACGCCUGUGAGCUCUGUCCCAGAUCCCACAUUAUUCUCCUGGGACAUUGGGCAGAUCUUACUUCAAAAGACAGCUGAAAAAGAAGAUGAACUGAAAAAAGCAUUUCAGAUGCUUGAUGUUGGUCAGACCCUGACAGUCACAAAGGGUGAAUUCAGGAGAGUGAUUGAAACCUUUCUCUUCCAUCUAACAGAAGCUGAAUUUGAUGCUGUGCUGGCAGAGAUCCCAAAUAUUGGCAAAGUUACUGUGCCAUAUCUUGACUUCCUGUCAAAGUUCACUAAAAUUGCCAGAAGUACCAGCAUGCUCAAAAGGCUCACUAAAACGUGGAAAGCAAGGAUGGCGCUUAGACGACCUCGCCUUUUUGGCCGGCUGGUUGAACAGCCACAGUUGCCAAACAAUGACAUUAAGUCAGCUGGAAUCCCUGCUCGAGGAGAAAGUAUGUUGACCAGGACGGCAAAGAAUGUGAAAAACAUUAUCAGGUGCUGCAGACUUUUUGACUACAGCCGUGCAGGAUGGAUACAGAGGCACACACUAAAGCAAACACUUGAGAUCACCUGUUUUAGGAUGAAGGACUCAGAAUUUGAAAAGCUGUGGAACCAUUACUGUGUUAGAGACUCUAGUGUCAUGAAUUAUAAAGAAUUUCUGAAGAAUUUUGGCCUGUGUUCAGCCUAUCAGGACAUUGAAAAAGCCUUCAGAGCAAUUGAUGUCAGUCAGAGUGGAUUUGUGUCUUUGGAUUACUUGAAGUCAGUCAUAAAUGGCUUUAUAUUUCCUUUGCCAAAUGAAACUUUUCAAGAGCUAAUGAAUAGAUUUGGACUGAAAGCCACAGGUAAAAUUGCUUGGCAAGAAGUUUUAGAAAAAUUCCAGGAUCCUGGGAGCACCUUUGAAAACAGGCAGACAAUUCCUAUGAGAAAAAAUUGCAGAGUAAAUCCAGCUAGAGGAGAUGAAGCUUUCUCCAGUGACACUGUUCUUCAGAAGCUGUGCAGAUACAUCCAAGAUGCUUAUCCCACUUUAAAGCAGGCAUUCCUUAUGCUUGAUGAAAAACGAGAUGGAAAGAUCACAAGAAAUGACCUUCGUCAUGUUUUACGUAACUUGAUAUUUCAAGUGAAAGAUAAAGACUUCCAGGAGUUAAUUGAGAUAAUUGAUCCAGAACAGACUGGAUACCUUGACUUCCAUGAAUUUUUAGACUUGUUUGAAGAAAAAGAAUCAGUAGUGGAGGACAUCCUUUCAGAUAAAAUCACAGAAAAUUGGAAAGAUUUUCAUAAGGCUUUGCAGUCCUAUGAUCCUAAGUGUACUGGCACUAUUAACAGAAGUCAUCUAAGAAAAGUCCUACAGCUGUGUUGUCCCUCUUUGACAGAGCAACAAUUUAUGAACUUUUUUGCCUACAACAAGCAAUCACAUGGCAAAAUUAAUAAAGCUGGCUUGCGGAAGGUGUUGGAAGAUCAUGGCAUGCCAAUGGAUGACAAUCAGUUUAAUCUACUAACAGAAAAGCUGGGGUUACCAGAUGGAGGGUUGAGUUAUCUGGAUUUUGUGGCGAUACUGAAAGAUGCCAGAUUGAAUGGCCCGGGAGCUACAUUAUGUAACAGCCCAAACCACAGAGUAAAUGAUGCUAUAUAUCACUACAUGACUGCUGAAGAAUGUCUCAGUCAACUUUAUGAUGAGCUGAUGGAAGUCUAUGGGGACACCUAUUCUGCCUUCCGUGAAACAGACAGUAACCAUGACGGUAUCAUCAACAUGCUUGACUUUCAGCAAUUUUUGGACAGCUUUCUGCUUCGUCUUAGAGAUGAGGAAUUCUUGUGCCCUUUGUUCGGAAUGAACCUGACUUCGGUGUUAAAUUACCAAGAAUUCUGUCAACUGUUCCAUGCCCAAGAAACUAAGGAGAUGAUAACGGAUGCAGAGCUAGCUUGUGAUCACGCUCAUCACUACCUUGUUAUCAAAGCAAGAGCCAGAUGGCAUGACCUAGCAAGGAAUUUUCAGGAAUUUGAUAGUGAAGGAAAUGGCGUUAUACAGCCAAGGGACUUGAAGAAAGUCUUGUUCAGAUUUGGCAUUCCAAUCACCCUGGAAGAAUUUAAGCAGCUUUGGGCAAGGUAUGAUACAGAUGCAAAAGGAUAUCUUACUCACCAAGAAUUUUUACAGAAACUGGGGAUAGAGUUUGCACCCGCUGACGCAGGGCUCAGCAGACACAUCACAGAAGGCAGCUAUGCACGUUUACAAGCACAUUAUAAUAAUCAACAAAAGAAGCAUUCAAAGCUGGAAGAGCAGCAGAAACAGCAAACUAAAGCUUUGCAUGUAAGAGAAAUUAAAAAGCAGAUCAAGGAUAAAUUUAGGGAUUACUUCCAAGUUUUCAAUAAGGCCUUUCAUAAAGUGGAUAAAAAUAGAGAUGGCUAUGUAACAGUAUGUGACCUGCACAGGAUACUACAAGAAUUCAGCUAUUACCUUGAUCAUGAUCACUUCAGUAGUCUUCUAAACAGGGUUAAUUGUAAUGAUCGCGAUGUAUUGGGCGGCUUAAGCAGCACUUCAGCAUCUGCGAAUCAAAGCUUAGGAAUCAGCAUUCAUGACAGCAAGCUUUCUUGUUUUGAUUUCCUGAGAGCAACUGAUGAUGGCAGAGCAUCUAAAUACCAACAGAGACAAAAGCAGGCUGCACCACCUGCAAGCUUUGCAGUGCUCAGCUUAGAACAGACCCUAAUUAAGAUAAAAGAAAUAGUUGCAUCAUCUUAUGGUUCGUUGUACAAGGCAUUUUCUCUAUUUGAUAAAGAAGACACUGGCGUAAUUAAAGCACUGGAAUUUCAGCAAGUACUCGACCAUUUCUGCUUUAAAUUAUCAGACAAGCAGUUCAGGCACCUUCUCAAGAACCUUAAGCACUGUGAGGACUUCACAGUAGACUGGAAAGUUUUCCUGAAAAACAUAAAUCACCUCACAGAGACUGAGGAAGGGCAAAAAGUCGUUCCGCCUAAGUCUUCUUGGGAACUGUCAGAGAGAGGCAUCCUCUCACAGAUACAAGAAGUAGUGACUGCUAGUUUUAACACAAUUGCACAAGAGUUUAAAGAUAUUGACUCUUCAAAAGAUAAUACAGUAUCAAAAGAGGAGUUCUGGGAUAUAUGUAACCGACAUUUUCAGCAUCUGACUGAAGAACAAUUUGAAAAUCUUUGGAACACAGUGGAUGUCAGUGCUGGUGGACGGUUGAAGUAUCAGGACUUUUUGAAGAAGUUCAGCUCAGAACUUGUAACGAUGCCAUCAAGCACUCCCAGUGCAACUAGUUCUGCAACUUCUACCAAGCCAGCUACCUGUGCCAUGCAGGAGCCACGUGUGUCUUCUCGGCCUGAACGUCCCAAGACAUCAUCUUUUCUACUAGGGCAAAAGAGCAUACCAGCAUCCAGUCAUCCUCAGACAACAACAACUUGUUCUGCACCUAUCCUUAACUGUGAAACAAUAGAAAAUAAGAUAAGAAAGAACAUCCAGCAUUCCUGGAGAGGCAUACUGAAAGUGUGCCAAGAGAAGGAUGUCAGCAAGCUAGGAGAAAUCCUAGUGAGCUCACUGCUAGGGGAAAUUAACCAAAUAACAACAAAAUAUGAUUUAAAGAAAAAUGGAAGAUUUGCAUACUAUGACUUCCUUCAGAGUUCUAUCUUGUUGUUAAAACCACAGGAAAGCUCACUGCUACAGAGGAUGAGUCCUGGACCACAAAGCACAUCGUUCUUCAGUGCAAUGCUGAGAAUUCAGCCCCAGAUCUUGUGCUGCUGGAGACCAAUGAAGCAAACUUUUAAAUCCUGUGAUGAAAGUCAUACUGGACUGUUACAUAUUGCAGAUUUCAGACAAGUUCUUCAUGAGUACAGCAUCAACCUAACUGAAGAGGAGUUAUUCAACAUUUUGGAAUAUUAUGAUAAAACUUUGUCUUCAAAAAUAUCCUAUAAUGAUUUUCUCCAGGCAUUCAUACAGUAG